AGAAGGAAAACUUCACAGAAAUGGCGCAGGGUGCGACGUCUCUCAAAGGCUUGCGAGCCCAGAUUGCUGCAGCCGCGCAGGCACAAGCAGAGGAGCGGCGCAGCCUAGCAGGGAACAGCCCAGGACCUACAACCAACGCACCAGCUAAACCUCAGGGGUCUAGGCCAGUCAUUGACGGAGCCUCACUUAGGAUAGACGACCGACUGCGAGUAGCGAAGGAAAGGCGAGAGGAGGCAGAGAAACAACAAGCUUUGCGAGAGUCUCAGAUUUUGGAGCGGGACCGUAAGGCCAAGCUGCAGGUUGAGCGUCAGAUGGAGGAGCGCCAGAAAAAGGUGGAGGAGCAACGCAGGAAGGAGGAGCAGAGACGCUCAGCUGUGGAGGAGAAAAGGAAGCAGAAACAAGAAGAGGAGAAGGAGCACUAUGAGGCAGUAAUGAGACGCACAAUGGAACGCAGCCAGAAAGUGGAGCAGAGGCAGAAAAGGUGGUCCUGGGGUGGACUGUCCACAGACUCAGAUGGUCGAACAGGAGACUCUGACGCCAGCGCCUCAUCACCAGUAGCUAUAGUAAUUUCCCCAGCGUCUCCAGAAAAGCCCCCGAGGAGGCAACAAGUGGACAAGCGCUCCACAUCAACCGUGAACCUGAAACAGCCACCCGAGGCUAGCAUCAACAAGCGCCUAUCCUCCUCCUCUGCUACCCUCAUCAAAUCUCCCGAUAAGAGCCCCUCCCAGAAGAAGAGAAGCUCCUCCCUCACACGAGUAGGUGGGGGUAGAGCACAGAGCCCUGCCAAGCCCGAUAAGGGAACAACGGAUGAUCAAGCUCGCAGGCCCCUGGCCAGUGCCAUGGAUGGAGGGGUCCUUAGUCGCCUGCUCACUCCCACCCAGGCCUCACUAGCUAGAAGCAAGAGUGCUGCUGUCCUGUCCGCUGACGGAGCAGAUGCCCCAGAGUGUCACCUGUGUCCUCGCUCAGCCUCUGCCAGCCCCCUGCACCCACCGCGUGGGCCCCUGCGCAGCCGCAGCAUCGACCGGCAGAAGAGUGGCAUGACCAGCUCUGUUUCAGCUGAAGGAGCCUUGGACCCCUCACUGAAGGAGAAACGGCUCUCUUCGCCUGGAGGGCAGCGCCCCCCUUCCCCCUCCAAUGUCACGGGACGCCACCGCUCGCCCUCUCCAGCCCCCAACCCUGCCCCAAAGAGGACGCCCUCCCCAGCAGCAUCCAAGCAGAGUUCCCGCACCCGCCCCCCUUCACCUGGCACCAUGAAACAGCGUCCCCCAUCCCCUCAGCCGACUUCAGUCAAACAGCCACCCAGCCAGAAACCAGCCCUUACCCCAACAGGACCCCCCACCUUGCGCAAGAGGGAUUCCAAGACCAAGGAGCUUACCCCUGUCCAAGCACUGUCAUUGCAGUCUGCUGAUGCCACCCAGACUGGCACCACCCCCAGUCCCACCCCAGCCACUGCGGCUGCUUCCAGCAAGACCAAAGAGAAAGAUGAUCCCAAGGCUGCAAUAGGCACCAGUUCUGCUGCUGAGGCUUCCAAGAUCCUGGCAGAGAACCGCAGACUGGCACGAGAGCAGAAGGAGAAAGAAGAGCAGAUUAGAACACAGAAGGAGGAAGAGGAAAGGUUGAGAAAGGAAGAGGAGCAGCGCCUGGCAGAAGAGGUUAGGCUAAAACAACUAGAGGAGGAGAAGAGGCUGGCAGAGGAAAGGAAAAAGAAAGAAGAGGAAGAGGCCCUGAGAGCAGAAGAAGAAAAGGAGAAGCUGGCUGCUGAGGAGGCGGAGAAACAGGCCGAGCUCCAGAGAGAGCGUGAGGAGGCAGAGGCCAAAGCCCAGGAGGAGGCAGAGAGAGUCCGCCAAGAAAGAGACCGCAUCAUGCAGCAGAACCAGCAGGAACGCAUGGAAAGGAAGAAGAGAAUUGAGGAAAUAAUGAAACGAACCAGAAAAGGGGACCAAAAUGAUGUGAAGAGAGAUGAUGAUAAAGGUAUGCAGGAUGACCAGGACGACCAGGACGACCAGGACGACGAGGGGGAGGAUGAAGCCAAUGUAGGUGACACUGCCCUGACAGAGGACGAUGGUGACACUGCCCUGACCGGGGACGAUGACGCUAUGGAAAUGGACACAGCCAACAAAGAUGAGUGUGUCCUGUCCGCUGAUGAGCCAAUGGGAGAGCGAGAGGAGCCCCUGGGCAGCGUAAAUGGAAAACCAGAGACAGACGACAAAGAGAAUAAUUAUGGCAUCAGCACAGAUGAGACUCAGGCAGUCAGUCCUGUGCCUAAGGGCCGACUUGUUGAGGGCUCAGAGUUUGUGAAUGAGGUAGACUCCACUAAGGUUGCUUCGGUCCCAGGCCUCAACGGUAGGUCCGGCCCCUGGAGCAUUGAGGAGCUCAUCGAUCUCAAUGUCCACUCCAAGAGCCACCCGCUCAUUGACACAGAGGAGUGCAACCAAGGCUUGAUUGACUGUGAUGGGGGCUCCGAUGGGCCCAAAGUAGCCUUUGAGGACAAGGGGAACCCUGUCAGUGCCCUACAUUCCUCAAGUCAACCCAUCGAAGCUCUGUCAGAGAUGUGAUACUGCAGGCGCGAGAGAUGUCCCAUUGUUGCACUCCUAGAGUUCCUGUCCAGCUGAGCUGCUUAAAAGACUCUCCACCAUCCCUACCCAGCCUCCACCCUGCUCCUCUGGACUCCUUAAGACAGAGAGAGCACAAGGUGAAGGGGAAAGAUGACAGACCACCCCCCUAUGCUAACUUUGCACCCCAGCCAAUGAGGAAAAAAAAUUUGACAUUGUAAUAUUAAGUUGCAUUUCAGGGAACUCUUCAUAUAUUCCUUCACUGUGCUUGCUUCAAAGUCUCCCUCCUCCCUAUCCUGUACUUAACUACUUCCCAGUUCGGUUUUGACUUGUUUUGUUCAUAUUUUGUUGAGGUUUUUUUGUCAGGGGUGCAUUGUCGUAAUUUAUUAAUUUUGGCUUCUUUGUUGUAAUUACUGUUAUCACUUGUUUAGGCUUUCCCUCUCGUGAGAAUAUUUCAGAAUGCAUUGACACUUGGUGAGGUGAAUUGUAAAAUUAUAAUAAGAGGUAAUGGAAGGAUUGUAAACACAACUUGUAUUGUGGGGAGGCUGCUGAGGUAGCUGUGUGUUAAAUAAUGUAGUAGUGAUUCAAACAAAACUGAAAUGUUAUCUUGAAUUUUCAGUCCAUUUGACCAGCUGUCAUUCGCAGCAACCAGCAAUAUGGCCUUACCUGUCUGUCAUGACAUCUGCUUUGUUGUGGUAAACCUGAUACACAUCAAGCUGAGCAAUCUCAUUGUGUGUGUACACUGAGGAACUGAAAGUUAUGAAGCUGCUUCUUUAUUCAUCCUUGACAUAUAGACCCUUAUCUCUCUGCUCCUCCGUGACUCAUACCUCUUUCCCCAGCACUCCUUGGUGUAUCCCCACCCAACCCCAUUGUGUCUUUCCUGCCUGCACCGAUAGAGGUACUCCAUCCAUUUAGACUUAGCAUCCCUCAGUAACUUUGUUACUAAAGGAUGCAGGGCUUCAAGAGAAUGCUGUAGUGGAUUCAUGUGUUCAAUGGAAGGUUCAGCUGUUUGCUGUUUAGGUUGUGUCCAUGGUCUUGUUUAGCCAUUACUCAUGAAUUUGCAUGUCUAUGUAGUCUGCGUUAACAAUUAGCAACAUUCCUCAGAAUCGAAUCUGGAUCACUGAAAGCUGUUCUAUUUAAUGGUUGCUGGAAACUAGGUUAGUCUCCCAUAUAGACUAUUCACAAACAACACAAACAGAAAAAAAGAGAGACCUGCAUCAGAUUAAAGUGUGUGUAUGAUGGUGAUUAUUGCAUGAGCAAAAUCCACAAGUUUCACUUGAAGUCGCUUUCAAGCUUCUUCUCAGUACUGUGUCUGCAUGCAUGUUACACUAACUGUCUCUAAACUGAAAUUGAAUAGUUGGAGUUGCCACGAUGCCCAUGGUUCCUCAGGGCCAAAAUUUGACAGGUUUAUCAGAGUCUGGUUUUCGCCAACCAGCUUUACUGACAUCCCCAUAGUAUAAUUUUUAUCCAUCCUUCUGUCUGUAUGGUUCUAUUAAUUCCAGUGCUUUUACACUAAGCCCUACAAAGAUUCUCUAGAGAACACAGUAGUUGCUGCUUUCUUAGGUUAAUUGGCAAAAAAAAUAUUUCAGCUUUUUUUUUUUGUAAUAUAUAAUUUGGCUGUCUGUCUAUAUAUAAAACUGUAUUUCUACAUUCAGUAUAUUUAAGUAUAAUUGUAUUGUGUAUAUAAUCAGUAUUAGGCCAAUGAAGCCAUGUUUAGAGUGGAGUGGGUAGUUGAAGUCCCUAUGUCUUUUACUGUAGUAUAAUUAGGGCUCCGAUUGACUCGUGCCUUGUGCCAGCAAGUCAGUGCUGUUACCAUAACAUCAGUUCAGGUUUGGGCAAUAUUAAAAUUCAAGCUUUUCAGGAAGCCCUCUCUCCCCAAGAACUCUACAAAACCAGAGAGCUACUUGUAGUCUCCUAAUAGUGUGUGUGUGUGUGUGUGUGUGUGUGUGUGUGCGCGCGCGCGCGCACACAUGCGUGCGUGCGUGCGUGCACAUAUUGAGGGCAUUCAGUCCUAGAUACCUGUGCCCCACCCUUGAAUAUUGCCUUGUUUCCUAACAGAUGGUGGACUGGUGGAGAGCAGAGCUGUUUCAGUGCUUUGGGUGUUUGCAAAGUGUGAGUUGCAUUAUAUGAAAAGACGGAGGAGUUGUAUGUAAUUCUUACAGCAGGUAUCUUAAUACAGGCUCUGGCCUUUGUAAUUUAUUGUGCGCAGCUGGGUCACAUCCACCCCAAUAACAAAACAAUAGAAACAGGUGCAAAAUGUGACUUUGGGUCAGUCUUGUCCUGCAUGAUCAUUUUCUCCUGUUUCACUGCGGUUAUUUUAUAGUAA